AUGGAAAGAAAAAGACUUGAAAUACAUUUCUACCGCAGCAUCUACUUUAUACUACAAUCACUAAACCAAAAUAGAGGAGUCAUUAUUACUGGAUCUCCGGGUUGUGGAAAAUCUAUUGUCGCUCAUCAUGUAGCAUUGACAUUUGAAAAGGAAGGAUAUGAAAUAAUUCCUUGUGAUGGUCCAUCAGACAUACUUAAACAUUUUACAGCAGAGAAGAUCCAAGUUUUUGUAAUAGAUGAUAUUUGUGGUAAAUUUGGUCUUAAUCAGCAUAAAGCAGAUUUCUGGGAACAAAACGAUGGUAAAUUAAAUAUGCUAUUACGUUCUAGUAAUGAGAAUGAUGAUAAUGAUGACAUCUCCAGCAACUCAGAGGCUAAGUUUAUAAUCACGUGCAGGGAGAAUAUAUAUAGUCACAAGGCAUUUCCAAAACUGAAAUGUUUCUCCCUAGUACAGUGCAGCUUUAGUACUACAUAUAAAAUUUCUCCAGAUGAAAUGAGAAAUAUUGCAUUGUCUGAUUUAGAACAUUUAGUAAAGGCUAUAUGCAGAGAUGCUGAGAUUGAAUCAAAUGUAUCCAUGGUGUCGAUACAAAAUUGUUUAAAGAGUCUUCAAGGUAUCUAUAUUACCGAAUCCGAAAAACUGUAUACAGCAAUCCAUGACAAAAUGUUUGACAUAAUUUCAGCAGCGAUUGCACCAUCUAUAAUGAACUGUUUAAUCGAGUAUGUUGACAUUGCUUUCAUUGCACAUCGCAUUCAGCUUUCAUCGUGUGGUCAAAGGAGUUUGCCAUUUGUAGUUUAUAUCCCACCAGAGUUGGAAGAAAGUUAUCUUAAAAGACAAUAUAAUGAGGCUUUGAAAGGAAACAACUGGGAAGUCUUUGGAAGCAGACAGACAGAGAAUCAGAAAUAUAGAAAAUUACUUUUAUCUUUUCUGAAAGAACAAGACACAUGUAAGGAAACUACUUACGUUGUUGACAAGGAUGGCGCUACACCGUUGUUUGUAUCAUCGUAUUUAGGAUACGUGGAUUUUGUAGAAUAUUUCCGGGUAAAAAGUCCAGGUCACAUAGAUGGGAAAGACACGAAAGGUAGAUCGUCCUUCUUUGUUGCGUGUGAAAACGGUCACAUUUUAGUUGUUAAAUAUCUCAUGAAAUAUAUUCAUGACUUUAAUGCAGAAAACUCUGAAAAAACAACUGCAUUAUCUGCAACCUGCCUCAAUGGUCACACUGAGGUGGCUCAAUUGUUGUUAGAAAACAAAGCAGAAACAAACAAAACUAAUAAUUCAAACCAGAGUACUAUACAUUUCGCUUGCUCAAAUGGUAAUGUAAAAUUGGUACAGCUGUUACUAAAUGGUAAAUAUAAUGUAGAUUUAACAGUAAACGAUCACUUACAAAACACUGCUUUACAUAUAGCCUGUGAAAAAGGGCAUUCCGAAAUUGUUAAAACACUGAUGGAACUUGGUUUGGAAGUAAAUCAGAAACAAAAACACGGCAAGACCCCCCUGUAUAUUGCUUGCAAACAUGGUUAUUACAAAACAGUAAAGUGCAUUACAGAUUUUAUUUGUUUGAAACAGAAAAAAAGAACAAUUGCUGAUGAUUUGAAGAAUUUACAUACCCGUAAAAGUGGAUGGACAGUUCUGCAUUCAGCUUGUAAUAAUGGACAUACAGAAGUAGUAAAAUUAUUGAUAGAUGUUGGUAUGACGGUUAAUGACUUAACAAUUAAAGGUGUAACACCUCUAUUUCUAGCCUGUAAAAAAGGACAUAACGACACAGUGAAAUGUUUACUUGAUUUAAAAGGCCAAACAUUGAAUAUGAAUGUAUACAAUUAUACACAACUUGAAAUAAUAUUGACGGUUCUACAUAUAGCGUGUUUAAAUGGACAUACAGAAGUAGUAAAGUUAUUGAUUGAUGUUGGUAUGAAUGUAAAUGACACAUUGGCUUCUGGUUCUACGCCACUUCAUCUAGCUUGUCAGGAAGGUCACCAUGCAGUGGUAAAAUUAUUACUUGAUUUAAUGGAACAAACAUUAAAUAGCUGUGUAGAUACAACCCUAAAAGAUAAAGAUGGGUUGUCAGUUUUACAUGUAGCUUGUUUAGAGGGACAUACUGAAGUAGUAAAGCUAUUGAUCGAUGUCGGAAUGAAUGUAAAUGACAAAUCGACAAACGGUUCUACGCCAAUAUAUCUAGCUUGUCAAAAUGGUCAUUACAACACCGUGAAAUUAUUACUUGGUUCGAAUGGCCAAACAUUGAAUAGUCGUGUAGAUACGACCCUAAAAACUAAAUGUGGAUGGUCAGGUUUGCAUGUAGCUUGUUAUAAUGGACAUACAGAAGUAGUAAAGUUAUUGAUUGAUGUUGGUAUGAAUGUAAAUGACACAUUGGCUUCUGGUGCUACGCCACUUUAUCUAGCUUGUCAGGAAGGUCACCAUGCAGUGGUAAAAUUAUUACUUGAUUUAAAGGAACAACCAUUAAAUAGCUGUGUUGAUACAACCGUAAAAAGUGAGGAUGGAUGGUCAGCUUUACAUGUUACUUGUUCAAAUGGACAUACAGAAGUAGUAAAGUUAUUGAUUGAUGUUGGUAUGAAUGUAAAUGACAAAUCGACAUACGCUUCUACUCCACUGUAUCUAGCUUGUCAGAACGGUCAUCAUGCAGUAGUAAAAUUAUUACUUGAUUUAAAGGAACAAACAUUAAAUAGCUGUGUAGAUACAACCCUAAAAGAUAAAGAUGGGUUGUCAGUUUUACAUGUAGCUUGUUUAGAGGGACAUACUGAAGUAGUAAAGUUAUUGAUCGAUGUCGGAAUGAAUGUAAAUGACAAAUCGACAAACGGUUCUACGCCAAUAUAUCUAGCUUGUCAAAAUGGUCAUUACAACACCGUGAAAUUAUUACUUGGUUUGAAUGGCCAAAAAUUGAAUAGUCGUGUAGAUACGACCCUAAAAACUAAAUGUGGAUGGUCAGGUUUGCAUGUAGCUUGUUAUAAUGGAUAUACAGAAGUAGUAAAGUUAUUGAUUGAUGUUGGUAUGAAUGUAAAUGACACAUUGGCUUCUGGUGCUAUGCCUCUUUAUCUAGCUUGUCAGGAAGGUCACCAUGCAGUGGUAAAAUUAUUACUUGAUUUAAAGGAACAACCAUUAAAUAGCUGUGUUGAUACAACCGUAAAAAAUGAGGAUGGAUGGUCAGCUUUACAUGUUACUUGUUCAAAUGGACAUACAGAAGUAGUAAAGUUAUUGAUUGAUGUUGGUAUGAAUGUAAAUGACACAUUGGCUUCUGGUGCUACGCCACUUUAUCUAGCUUGUCAGGAAGGUCACCAUGCAGUGGUAAAAUUAUUACUUGAUUUAAAGGAACAACCAUUAAAUAGCUGUGUUGAUACAACCGUAAAAAAUGAGGAUGGAUGGUCAGCUUUACAUGUUACUUGUUCAAAUGAACAUACAGAAGUAGUAAAGUUAUUGAUUGAUGUUGGUAUGAAUGUAAAUGACAAAUCGACAUACGGUUCUACUCCACUGUAUCUAGCUUGUCAGAACGGUCAUCAUGCAGUAGUAAAAUUAUUACUUGAUUUAAAGGAACAAACAUUAAAUAGCUGUGUAGAUACAACCCUAAAAGAUAAAGAUGGGUUGUCAGUUUUACAUGUAGCUUGUUCAGAGGGACAUACUGAAGUAGUAAAGUUAUUGAUCGAUGUCGGAAUGAAUGUAAAUGAAAAAUCGACAAACGGUUCUACGCCAAUAUAUCUAGCUUGUCAAAAUGGUCAUUACAACACCGUGAAAUUAUUAAUUGGUUUGAAUGGCCAAACAUUAAAUAGCUGUGUAGAUACAACCCUAAAACAUAAAGACGGAUGGUCAGUUUUACAUGCAGCUUGUUCGAAGGGACAUACAGAAGUAGUAAAGUUAUUGAUUGAUGUCGGAAUGAAUGUAAAUGACAAAUCGACAUACGGUUCUACUCCACUAUAUCUAGCUUGUCAAAAUGGUCAUUACAACACCGUGAAAUUAUUACUUGGUUUGAAUGGCCAAACAUUGAAUAGUGCUGUAGAUACGACCCUAAAAACUAAAUAUGGAUGGUCAGUUUUGCAUGUAGCUUGUUAUACUGGACAUACAGAAAUAGUAAAGUUAUUGAUUGAUGUUGGUAUGAAUGUAAAUGACACAACAAAUAACGGUUCUACACCGCUAUAUCUAGCUUGUCGUAGCGGUAAAUAUGACAAGGUGAAUUUUUUACUUGAUUUAAAUGGCCAAACACUGAAUAGUCGUGUAGAUGUAACCUUGAAAGAUAAAGAGGGAACGUCCGCUUUACAUGCUGCUGUUUCGGCUGGACAUUCAGAAAUAGUAAAAUUAUUUAGCGAUGUCGGUAUGAAUAUUAAUGACAUAUGA